CCUCAUGCGGCAUGUCGUGCCGGGAUCUCAAUAGCAAACAUUCUGAAACCGAGCAAAAGCAAACCAUGAUGAUGUGAGAUCUAGGCAUAAAAUAUCGUCCAGUUUCUCCAGAGUGAAAUAAUGAGAGGCCAUCGAAAUAAAAAUCAAUUGAAACUAUUGAACAAAACAAAUGAAGCGACAAUGCCGGAGGAACUUAAACCCAGUCUGUACACGAUCAAAAACCACAGCGUCGGCAAUGUUCUCUUCGAAGAUAUAGUGGUUGGCGAUGAGACUAUCAUAAUCAGCGACCACCCUAGAAACGAAGAGAUCCAGACAUGGUUCAUUCAGAAGAACGGUGACGGAUCGUAUUACAUGCAGAGUGGAUUUACUGCGAAAUUCCUUGCCGUAAAUGGAACACCACGAAACGGUGCAACCCUCAUCGGAAGCGAAACACCCCAGCGAUGGACUAUAGAGCAAGCAUCCGGAUCUGGUUUCUGGCUUAUCCGCGUCCCUGGCACACAGCUCAGUCUUCACCUACCGGGUGAUAAGCAGGGUACGAAAUGUCGGCUUGUGGAUGGUGGAAUUCAAUCGUGGAUAUUGGAAUAGCCAAUGUGAGAGGUUUUUCUCGGAGGCAUUGGUGACUUGAUAAAAGCAUUGAAGUAUGUUGAUAGAAAAAUGAACAUUCCUUUGAAGCGCGAC